AUCGCUCGUAGGUCAAAGUUAAGGGGGACGGCUGUGCCUUAAACGGACCCCGUUCUUCCAAUUUAUUAGUUUGAUAUGUUAUUCAGGUCGCUGGUGGCGAGUGCUUGCACUCUUGGUGUGCUGGGAGGAGCUGCUGCGUAUAAAUUUGGUCCGGCCCAGAUCCGCUCGGCCCUCCACACUCACAGGAAGUCCUGCGCAGUGACCCAGUCCGACAUGAGGGUUGAGAUCCUACCUGCGCUCACUGAUAAUUAUAUGUAUCUUCUUAUUGAUGAGGACACCAGGGAGGCCGCUAUUGUGGACCCAGUGGAACCUGCGAAGGUUGUAGAUGCAGUGAAAAAGCAUGGAGUAAAACUGACCACUGUCCUAACUACACAUCAUCACUGGGACCAUGCCGGUGGCAACGAGAAGCUGGUGAAGUUGCUGCCCGGGCUGCGGGUGUACGGGGGCGACAACAGAGUGGGGGCGCUCACUCAGAAAGUCACUCACUAUAACACAUUUGCGGUCGGCUCCCUGAACGUGAAGUGCCUCUUCACUCCCUGCCACACCUCCGGACACAUCUGCUACUACAUCACCAAGGACAGGAGCGCCGAGCCGCCGGCGGUCUUCACAGGGGACACGCUCUUUGUUGCGGGCUGCGGGAAGUUCUUCGAGGGCACCCCAGAUGAGAUGUACCGGGCGCUGAUCGAAGUCCUUGGACGCUUGCCACCCGAGACGCGAGUUUACUGUGGGCAUGAGUACACCAUCAACAACCUCAAAUUCGCUCGACACGUGGAGCCAGACAACCAGGACAUCCGCAGGAAGCUGGCCUGGGCGAAGAUGACGUAUGACAACGGGGAACCGACCAUCCCAUCAACCAUCGGCGAGGAGUUCACGUACAACCCCUUCAUGAGAGUGAGGGAGAAAUCGGUGCAGGACCACGCCAGAAAGAACGACCCCAUCCAGGCCAUGGGCAGCAUUCGCAGAGAGAAGGACAACUUCCGUGUCCCGAAAGACUAGGGUUGAGGAGGGGGGCUUGUCUGUGCACUACACGGCGUCAGUGAAAGUGCCACCCGCCUGCACUCAUCACUGCUGUAAAUACUUCAUUUACUCAAAUACUAAUUAUCAGCAGAACAUACAUACUUAUAUUGAUAGGACAUACUGUGUGAUAGAUGUUGUUAAAAGUAUUAUUCCAUUGAAUAACGACAGAAGACUAAUGUUUAAUACGUAGAAGUGGAUUUCUUUGUUGUCAUAUUUUUCAGCAGAUGGAUCAUUACUGCUGUGUAAAUGGAUGUAUAAAAAUGAUAUUUUCAUAAUUCAAGACAUGAUCAGCACCUUGCAUAAAACAAUCAGAAGAUAUAUUUAUGUAUAAUUCUAAGGAUAUCUUAAUAUUAAGAAAUGUCAAAUAUUUAUUUUGUCAAGAGUAAUCACAUUUGUUUUUUCAGUUCUAACCAAUAGUUUCAAAUAGUCGGUUUUUUUUUAAAUAGUUAAUGCACUUAGAGAGAAUGUGUACAGUUUUUAGUGAAAUAGGAUGUUAGACGUUUAGAUUUUGUUGUGAUUUGUUAUUGGUAAACUGCUUUUCUUAUUGCAUAAUGUGACAUAUGUAAUUGUUCGCAAUCUUACAAUUAGCCAGAAAGAUUUAUGAUUUUUCUGAAAUUAUUAUUAUUAGAAGCUUUGGCCAAACCAAGUAUGCACAUGAAAGAGCCGCUUAAAUUAUAGUAUGAGAAAGACGCCAAUCUGAUGUACCGUCUAUUGUCAUUAAUAAAACACUCAAAUUACGGCC